UUUACAUAUUCUACGUUAAAUAACCCCCUCUGACCAGUCACAGCUGCAUAUGGGCACAAAUACAACAACUGCAUGAGUCAUUUACAACAGGAAAACAGCUGCAUUUGGUCAAAUAUCAUAAAAAUGUCAAUGAUCACAACUCUGCUUCAAAAUAAAGGGCCGAUGUGUGGUUUUAUGGUAGUGAGAUAAAAUAAUGUGGAUUUGGUGGAUGUCGGUGUUCAGAGUUUUAAAGUUGGGGUUAGGUGAACAAGUGAAUCCAUGAAAUGAAUGAAUGAGAUAAAACAGUAAAUUAGAUGAGAGCAGCAGCCAGCAGAGCCCAGAGGAGCGACAGCUCUGACAGUAGCUUUGACUUCCUGUUUGGUUUUCCUGUUUGGUUUUUCUAAUUUAAUCUCGUUGAGGUGUCAUUUGUUCUGGCGAACCUACAGAAGAGCAGCGACGCUUUCACGACUGAGUGUUUCCAUGAUGAGCUCCAUAAAAGGUGAAGCUGCUGCCUCUCAGCAUGAAAAACCAAACAGGAAGUCAAAUCUGCUUCUCGGGGCUCUGCUGGCUGCUGCUCUCAUCAUUAUCUACAGACUCGCUUUUGAUAAAAUUAGAACCAACAAAACUCUCCAAACCCUGAAGGAGGACAAUAAGGUUCUAAGUGAGGAGAAUGAAGUUCUGAGAAAACACAUCUCAGAUCACGUUUGUCUGAAGUCGGACAGAAACUGGGAGAAACAUGGAGACAAGUGUUAUUAUUUCAAUGACCUUUACUUACGCUGGAAAGGGAGCAGAAGUUUCUGUGAGGAUCUGGGAGCAGACCUGGUGAAGAUCGACAGCAGAGAGGAGCAGGAGUUCCUGGUGGAGAAAGUGAAAAACUUUGUGAUGGAUGACAUUUGGGAAGGUUUCUGGAUCGGACUGACAGACUCAGAGGUAGAAGGCAACUGGACCUGGGUGGACGGAUCUCCACUGGACAGCAGAAUGAAGUUUUGGUCAGAAGGAGAGCCUGAUGACUAUAAAGCAUACAGUGCAUCUGGAGAGGACUGUGUGACGAUUGUGAAGGGAGAAGCUGAAGAUCUGAACUCCUGGACUGAUUACACCUGUAGCGUUGCUCGUAAAAGUAUCUGUGAGAAACCAGCAGGAACUGGACUGAGUUCAUCUGUUUGUGGCUGAAGUUCAGUUCAGUCUCUGGAACAACCUGAGUCCAGGAUCCAGGAGGAGCAGAGAUGAUGUUUGUAGAAAGUUCAUCUCACUAAAUCAUCUGAUUUGUACCAUUUUAAUGUAAACGUAGUUAAGUUUUUCUGACUGUACUAAAAAAAACAAUCUAUUGAAUGAAAAGUUUAAAUUUUAUAAACUCAUGUUUGCUUUUUAAAUAAAAAAAAUCCAAAUAAUGUGAUUUGAUAAAAUGUUGUUGAUCUAAUACAUGUGAGAUGAUUUAACUGAAGUGUUUCAUCAGAAGAAACGUUCUCAUCAAAAAGCUCAAAAUGAACGUUUUCAUAGAAAAAUCGAAACCCAACCAGAAGUAAGAGUUUCAUGUAUAAUGUGUGUGUGUGGGAUGUCAAAGUUGUGUGAUCAAAGACU